AUGAUUUUUUUGGAAAUAUUUAUUGAUCCAAUGUGGUGUGAAAGUUGUGGAAAUCAUUUUUGUUAAACUUGCUUAACAACUUGGAGUUAGAAAUUAAUUUGCGCAAAGUUGAAUAAAUUUAAAGAAAAAUAAUGA